UUCCCAUAAUGCAUCGUCCAACAUGGCUGCUGAAGUCCACAUUGCUUUUUCCUCCUGGACACAUUUCAGCAUAGCUCGUUUGUUAGGUAUUUUUCUGCAGCGUGCAUGGUCAUAACAUACUGACCAAGAUGUCAAGACAUAGGAACGUCAGGGGGAUGGACUAUGGGGAGGAUUAUGAAGGCUACGAUGAUGUUUAUGGACACUCAGUGGAGGAUGAUUAUGGUGUGUCUCCAUCAACAGCGGAGCAGUUCAUUUACCACCGUAGCCUUCAGCAUCACCGGCUGGCAUCCUUUCUGGAGGAAGGGGAAGAUGACUUAAAGAAAGAGGAGGAAGAUAGUCGGGCGAGGCGAGACUCGGAACGAUCCCUUGGAGAUUCCGCCAACUACCAGCGACCCCAACUCUCAGAUAUUGAAGAGGCUCAGCUGCAGUCCUGCCUAGAGGAGAUCCGCAAUGUGGUUGGGGAGACCGUCCCCGAACGGACCCUGAUUGAGAUGGCUGUGGCACACAGCUUCAACUUCGAGAAAGCGCUCAAUGCCAUCCUGGACCAGCAGGAGAGCGGUGCCGGGAACAACAACAACUCGCAAGCACAGGGAGGAGUCAGUGAUUUUACCAUAGGGAAGUGCAAUGUAGUACAGAGAACUGCUGACAAAAAGCCGUCAACCAAAACAAAAGAUUUAUUAGUAAACAGAAAGGGUCAGGCAUCAAUACAGAAAAACCAAGUUGGUUCUCCGAGUUCCCUUUCAGACCUCAUUAAAUCCAACGCGAUCCCUUACAAACAGGUGUCGUCCAAUGUAUCAAAAGUUCCGCUUGCAGAUCUCAUGAAGGCCAGUCAUUCCACAAAAUGUUUUUCCUCUUUGGCCCCAUCAAGGCCAAGUGCAAUUAACCCACAGAUUUCAUCGUUACCCCUCUCUGCCUUAGCCAGUUCCCAUCUUGCAUCAUCCUCGAAAGAAAAUAGUAAAGCUCAAGGUCAGGGUUCAUCAUCACUGUCUGAUCUCGCCACGUUGCACUUGGGUACAAAUAAGGGACCCCUGGCUGGCGGAAGUGGGUCCGCGUUCUCAUUGUCUGACUUGUCACAGCAUUCCACCUUGGUAACUCCACCAAGGAUGCUCCCAACUAAAGAAAGCCAACAACUGGGAGCUGGUGGCUUGAAGCCGGGAGCUGGAAUCUCUCUGUCAAGCUUAGCCUCUUCCCAUCUCUCCACAAAAUCAUCCAAAAUUCAGUCCAUGCCCUCCCAAAGAACAAGUACCAUCAGCUCCUCAAAUGUCCCUCCGUCCGGAAUGGAAAUUGGCCAAGGUGCCCAGAGGCCCGGUGCAGGGACUGGAUCGUCUUUGUUCAGCCUAGCAACUGCCCACCUCUCUUCAAGUGCACAUAGGGUGCAAGCUGCAGUCAAAUGUCCCUCCAUUGGGCAAACUCCCCCGACAAGGCCCCACGGCAUGGCUGGACUAUCUCUCUCUAAUUUGGCCAUGGCCCACCAGUCAUCUACCCUUGCGUUACCCCCUGCAGCCAUGAAGCCAGCUGGUGCUUCCCUAGAAAGACUGGCAAAGACCCACCUGUCUCAAGAUCUCAGUGCAAAGUCUACUCUUAUGUCCCUAAACACUAAGCCCGCUACUGUUGACUCACACAACCCGUUGCCAGAUGCAGAGCCAGUAAAAGGCAGUUGGUCCACUUUGAAAAACAUUCCAGGUGAAUUGAUGGUAGAGAAAGCUGCCAAGAUGUCUGCUCACUCACAUUCCACAGUCAUUCCCACUGAGGAGUCUGAAAUACAGCUGCACAAAGCUACCUCAAGUACGGGACCAGCCUCCCCACCGGGAUUCCAACCUGUGUCUGCGAAAUCACCUCCAGGUUUCGGGUCUGUGACUUCAGAAGAAACUGAAGGAAGUGAAUUAAAGAAGAGGGUACCAACACCCCCUGGUUUCCAGUCCCGGAUAGUUUCCACACCAGACCACAAUUCAGCAGUCGACAUUCGGAGUUCAGAUCCUCAUGACUAUGUUAAUUUCCCAGCCACAACUGAUCAAGAAACCAAACCCCUGCCAAAGCUGCACAGACUGUAUGUCAGACAAGACCGAUUCUACCUGCUCGCCAAUCCCUCUGUAUUCGGAAGGGCACUUUGCUCCAAAUACAUGGACAAAUCACGAGAGCUGUCGGAUCAGCGAGGGCUCAGAAUUGCCUCUUAUGUCUUCCAGAAGCAGCACUCAAGGCCCACCGUAAACAGGCAGUUCUCCUACCAGCGGCAGACGUCUUGGAGUGGAGGCACUGCCGACCCAGGGAGUGAAAUCAUUCCAUUCGAUUUCUCUUCUCCUUCACCCGAUGACAUCAUCCGUGAAAAGCAGGCAGGAGCAUUUUGUAGCACCAACGGAAGAAGUCUAGGUGUUGCAGCACAACUACCUGUAAAGCAGCCCUCUCCCAGCCGACAGAAGCAUAUGGUGCCAGUUGCCGCCGCCACGGCGAUGGCCGCCAACGACACCGCAGUGUCGGCCGUCGCCCAGGAGGUUGCCAAACUCAGCAUGCCAUCCAAGGAGGCCAAGAGGGGAUUUGAACUGGGUCCCGUUCCAGCCAAGAGUGGGGACAAGCGGAGGAAGAGCGCGGCCAGCAGAACCAAGCUGGGGGGAGAAUUCCUGGAUGGCAUGCCUGACAGCAAUCUGAGAAGUGAGUCUAAAGGUAAGCUUCCAACAGUGAUGAGUGCCCCGGACUUGACCAGCAUGGCUGGAUCACCAGCACCAGCGCUGCCCGGAGCCCAGCCCUCGACACGGAGAGAGUCCAAGACCUCCAAAGCUGGGAAUAUUGAUAUAUCUAAAGAAUACUCCAAACGACAGGAAGGAAAACAACUCAUAAAUUUGGUGGUGAUUGGACACGUAGAUGCCGGCAAGUCAACAUUGAUGGGGCACCUUCUCUAUCUUCUUGGACAGGUGAACCAGCGGCAGAUGCACAAGUACGAGCAAGAAUCCAAGAAGUUGGGCAAGGCAUCCUUUGCCUACGCCUGGGUGCUGGAUGAGACUGGGGAGGAGAGACAGAGGGGAAUCACCAUGGAUGUAGGCUUAACCAAUUUUGAGACUUCAAACAGAAUAGUAACACUCCUAGAUGCACCAGGACACAAAGACUUCAUUCCGAACAUGAUCACCGGAGCUGCACAGGCGGACGUGGCUAUUAUGGUAGUGGAUGCCACUCGGGGAGAAUUUGAGACCGGCUUUGAUGCGGGUGGCCAGACGAGGGAGCACGCUCUGCUGGUCCGGUCGCUGGGGGUCACCCAGCUGGCUGUGGCCAUCAACAAGCUGGACACGGUGGGCUGGGCCGAGGAGCGCUUCAGCGAGAUCGUGGGCAAGCUGGGGCACUUCCUUAAGCAGGCCGGCUUCAAGGAAUCUGAGGUUCAGUACAUCCCCUGCAGUGGACUGACGGGAGAAAACCUAAAAGACAGGGCCACAGAACCAGCACUCACUAAAUGGUACAAAGGUCCAUCACUGGUGGAGAGGAUAGAUAGCUUGAAAGCUCCUAAAAGACCCAUUGAAAAGGCCUUCAGACAGUGUGUUUCUGAUGUUUUCAAGGGUAUUGGGGCAGGCAUCAGCAUAGCUGGCAAGAUUGAGUCAGGGGGCGUGCAGGUCGGUGACCGCGUGGUCAUCAUGCCAGCAGGGGAGACGGGCCAAGUACGAGGUGUUUACAUCCAUGACGAAGAGUCAAGAUGGGCCUGUGCAGGAGACUAUGCAACUGUGGUGGUAACUAGUAUCGACCAAGUCAACAUUGGUGUCGGCAGCGUCGUGUGCAGCAUCGACCAUCCCAUCCCAGUGGCCAGUCGCUUUAGGGCCAGAGUCAUCAUGUUCAACUUGGACGUGCCCGUCACCAAAGGUUUCCCGGUUUUACUGCACUAUCAGACUGUCAGUGAACCAGCCGUCAUCUGUAAAUUGGUUAGUACUCUACACAAGAGUACCGGGGAGGUCCUACAGAAGAGGCCAAAGUGUCUAACGAAGCAAAGCAACGCCAUCAUAGACAUUGAGACCAGCCGGCCAGUGUGUCUGGAGCUGUACCGCGACUGCAAGGACCUGGGCAGGUUCAUGCUGCGCUACAGCGGGUCAACAAUCGGUGCUGGAGUCGUCACAGAGAUUAAGAGGUAGCUGUGUCAGAGAGACCACAAGAAGCCUUGCAGCCUCCCCUAAAAAAUACUAUUUGCCCAAGCACCCCUCCAGUCUGCUGUGGAAUACUUUGUAACCUUUGACCUCUUACAAGGCAAAUGGAUGCAUAACAUUGGGGUAUUAUGUCAUUUAGAUUUUUUUUUUUACAAAAUGAUGAUGCUGAAUUUCACAACACAUUUUAGACUCCCAAGGCACAAAAGAGUAGCUUGUUUGCACUUCUGAUAAAUAAUUUCCAACGUGGUGCAGGUUAAACACCAAAGAAUGUUUUGAAUUGAAGCUGCACCAAGCCUUCGUGUUGAUUUUUCCCUUCUUUUCAGUGAAGUACUGGUACAUUAUGAAAGUUCUUUUACUAGCAAACAUUGUUUGAUAUGCUUUAAGAAAGUUAAGGUGAGAAAGAAAUUCUCAUUCCUACUCUAAUCUCAUCAAACUUUUGCAGGAAGAAGCUAUGAAAUGAUUGAGGACUGUUAGGCUAUGUACGACAAUCAUCUUUGUUGCAGUUUUUUCUUUUCUUUUUUUAGUAACUCCUCUAAAAGAAAUUGUGGAGAAUGGAAUUCUUUCCAAAGAAUUAAUAAUCUAAAUGAGGGCCAUUUUGACAUAUUUCAAUUUGGUUCCAGAAUUGGACAAAGACCACACCAUUCUGGUGAAACCAAUGGGUAAACUGCCAUAUUCCAUGAAAUGGAAUUGGAAAAUUCACGUAUUAGUCUGGAUGAUGGUCAAGUUAUAAAACAGGGCACUUUGUUUCAUCACAGGCAUUAACCAUGGGCUUUUUUGUUUUUUUCCCCCACCUUUUACUGUUAAAUGUACAUUUUCCUUUCUUUUUAAACAUUUUACUUUUUGUCACCUUUAUUUUGGGGUCAUGGAUCAUUCUGUAUUUUUUCUCAUUCACAUUUUUGGCGCACAUUUUAAAGAGCUACCAUUCUGCAUUUGAUGCCUCUUAUUUAUGAGGUUUUUGGAAAAAGAGGUUUACCUGUUUGGAGAAGUCAGCCCUUGCUAUUGGAAACGGGAGAAAUGAAUAAUGGACACUUAGGUGCUCAAAGCAAAUUGAUACUAAUGUUGAUUUAAUAUAUUUGGCCGUUUUGCUGACUAAGUACCAAAUGAAAUACAAUAUCGUACAUGUAUAAUAAAGCUUUCAUAAAAGCGACUUGAAA